AUUGAUGGUUUAUUCCCUGGUUUAGUGUCAUUCAUCCGGUUCAAUCGUUCCCGGGCGUGGGCCAGAAAAGGCCUUGUUCAUAAAGCCCAAAAGAGCAUUGUUGGAAGCCAUUCAUCAUAUUUGUGAAGCUGAAGCAAAUGCUUCCAUGGCUAUGAAUAUUCGCAGUGUAUGCGGUGCACUGAAAAGGUUCACUCCGCUUCACUCCUCAAAUUGGGUUUCGAAGAAGAAUAAGGGUUUCUCCUGCAAGAUGUCAACCGAGUCAACUUCCUUGACCCACACCAUCACACUGCCCAAUAAACACAAUGAACCCGUUCACGUAGUUGCUGCCCCCGGUGUCUCCCCUUCUGAUUUCUGGAGUGCUGUUGAAUGCUCUUUAUUCAAGCAGUGGUUGCAUAACUUGCAAACUGAGAAUGGGGUUCUAGCUGAUGGUACCUUGGCUCUGAGACAAGUUCUAAUUCAGGGAGUAGACAUGUUUGGAAAGCGCAUUGGGUUUCUCAAGUUCAAAGCUGACAUUUUUGACAAGGAAACAGGGAAAAUGGUUCCAGGUAUUGUGUUUGCAAGAGGACCAGCUGUGGCUGUGUUGAUGCUCCUGGAAUCAGAGGGUGAGACUUAUGCUGUUCUUACUGAACAGGCAAGGGUUCCUGUUGGAAGAAUUAUUUUGGAAUUGCCUGCUGGAAUGUUGGAUGAUGACAAAGGUGAUUUUGUUGGUACUGCAGUUCGUGAGGUUGAAGAAGAGAUUGGUAUGAAGUUAAAUGUAGGAGACAUGGUUGACCUCACUGCUUUCCUUGACUCUGCAACUGGAUGCAAAGUUUUCCCUUCCGGGGGAGGAUGUGAUGAAGAAAUCAGUAUUUUUCUGUACAGAGGGCGUGUUGAUAAAGAGAUAAUAUCACAACUACAAGGUAAAGAGACAGGUCUUCGUGAACAUGGGGAGCUAAUUAAGGUGCGUGUAGUACCAUACAAGAAACUUUGGCACACAACUGCAGAUUGCAAAGUUCUGGUGGCUGUUGCACUGUUAGAAAUGGCUAUGAAAGAAGGGCUAUUGCCUGCUUUGUCUACAUAGUAGCCUUUUUUAUGAUUCUCAAAGAGAAGGGCUAUUCCAAAUUUAGUAGCCUUCAUACAAACCUCAAGAGAGUAUUAGAAAUUAAAAAUUUGUUGAAAUUUGAUUUUUUUGAGUCUAUCUUUUUAUCCGUGUUGCAUGCUCUGCCUAACAACAAAAGACUUAAAUUGUUAUUGAUACGUUUUGCAUUCGUUGGAAAUAUCUCUUGCCAAGAGAUUCUUAGUUGCAUCCUUGUAAGCUAAUGAGCAUGUUUAUUAUUGUCUUUCA